AUCUCUGAAGCUCAUGUUCCUGAUAUGUGGUAUGUCCUGACUGGAAUCCCAGGACUUCAAGAUUCUCAUGCUUGGAUCUCCAUCCCUAUCUGUUCUAUGUACAUUUUGGCCAUCAUAGGCAACAUCUUCUUGAUCUUCCUGAUUGUAACUGAGCGCAGUCUCCAUGAGCCUAUGUAUGCCUUCCUUUCCAUGCUGGCCUUAUCCGAUGUCCUGCUCUCCACAGCCACAGCCCCCAAGAUGCUGGCCAUCUUCUGGUUCCAUUCCAUGGAUAUAUCCUUUGGUAGUUGUGUAUCUCAGAUGUUCUUCAUCCAUUUCAUCUUUGUGGCAGAAUCUGCUAUUCUCCUGGCCAUGGCAUUUGACCGCUAUGUGGCCAUCUGUCACCCACUGAGAUACACCACCAUCUUAACCUCAUCAGCCACUGGGAAAAUUGGCAUCACAGCUGUGGCCAGGAGCUUUAUCAUCUGCUUUCCGUUCAUCUUCCUGGUACACCAACUUAGGUAUUGUGGGAGAAACAUCAUUCCCCAUUCUUACUGUGAGCACAUGGGCAUUGCCAGAUUGGCAUGUGACAAUAUUAGUGUUAAUAUCAUUUAUGGCCUGACUGUGGCCUUACUGUCUACAGGACUAGAUAUUGUUUUCAUAAUUAUGUCCUACACAAUGAUCCUUUGCACAGUAUUUCAGAUACCUUCCUGGCCGGCCAGAUUCAAGGCCCUCAACACAUGUGGUUCCCAUAUCUGUGUGAUACUUAUGUUCUAUGUCCCAGCAUUCUUUUCAUUUUUUGCCCAUCGCUUUGGAGGUAAAACCAUCCCUCACCAUAUCCACAUCCUAGUAGCCAACCUCUAUGUGGUAGUGCCUCCUAUGCUAAACCCCAUCAUUUAUGGGGUGAAAACCAAACAGAUUCAAGACCGAGUAAUUUUGUUUUUCUCUCCCAUCAGCACAUGUUGUUAA